AUGAAGAUUUUGAGGCUUAGUAGUGAUUUUGGUGCUCUCUUGUUGAAGAAGAAGACUAUUGAAGAAAGUGGUGUUGCUUUCAAGCUUAUGGAUCUAGAAACUUCCUCACUUUGUGCAUCUUUUGAAGGUACUUUUCUUGUGAAUUAUGCACCUGCGCUUGUAUUGUUUGACUCGGGUGCGAUUCGGUCUUUUGUGUCAUCAUCUUUUUAUCGUGGUUUUAGUUUUGUGUGGGAGGCCUUAAGCAGGCCAUUGAGAGUCUCUAUACCUGAUGAGCGCCCGAUCUCCGCUACCGACAUCUAUCGGUGUGGUGUAUUAGAGAUUUUUGGUGUUGGGUAUCCGAUAGAUCUUAUUCCUAUUACAAUGGGAGAUGUCUGUGUGAUCGUGGGUAUGGAUUGGUUGAGCUGGUUUGGGGCUUUGGUUAACUUGGAUACCUGGGAUGAUGAGAAGAAGUCAAUUUCUAUUUCUGAUGUUUUUGUUGUACGUGAUUUCCCCGUUGUCUUUCAUGAGGAGUUACCAAUUGUGCAUCCUAUGAUGCAAGUGGAGUUUUGGAUCGAUCUGAUGUCUGGUGCGGCUCCAAUUGUGAAGGCAUCGUACCAUCUUGCACCUCCUGAGAUGUAG